CGCAUACAGCAUGAAGAAGUCUAAGAUUAGAGAUUUUGACCCCGAGUCCCUGCUCGACCCUGCGCCCAGCUCCAGCGAGGACGAGCGUUCCGGUAGCGAUAUCUCAGACGUUGAAGAUGACCAGGCGGGGCGUGAGCACUACACGGCCGUAGGCAAGAGCAAGCUACGAAAGCCGGUAGAGGUGCCCCUCGGUCCAGAGUAUACCGGGCGCAAAGUGGACCGCAAAGCCCUUGAGGAUAGCGACAGCGACGAUCCUUUCGCUAGGGGUUUCGACGAACAAGAUAGCGAAGCUAGCGAUGAGGAUGGAGACGGGGACAUCAACGGAAUGGGAUCGGGUGGUGAAGAAGAGAGUGGUGAGAGCGGAGAGAGCGGCUCUGAGGGCGACUCCGAUGAAGAUAUGAGCGACGAUGACGAUGAGAUGGGAAGCGCUGCCGAAGGUGCAAGCGACGAGGAAGACGACGACGGUUCUGAAGCUUCAGAGGACGAGGAGUCUGGCAGAGGCUCUAAGCCAGAUGUGUCUACUGUGCGCGACCUCAUGGCCGCCAGCAAAUCCUUCACCUCGACAAUCGCCGCGGGGACACAGUCCGAUGUCGCAAAGGGAGAAGCCGUCAAGACACAGCGCAAGACAUUUGACACUCUGCUCAAUUCGCGCAUCCGACUGCAAAAGGCUCUCAUCAGUACCAACUCCAUGGCCGCGGAACCUUACAAGAAUGAGCAGGCUCAAGAAGCGCCCGUCGAGGCAGCAGAAGCCGCCGCGCUGACGUUGCUGAACAACCUGACCAACCUCCGGCUAUCUUUGGAAGAGUCACGAACUGGUCAAAAGAGGAAGCGCACAACAUUCGAUUCUACCACUCCAUCCUCCGAAAUUUGGUCCACUAUUCAGGAUACCGAACAGAGCACCUUGCCGCACCGCAAAGCCGUUCUCGAACGGUGGUCAAAUAAGACGAAGGCCACGACUGUAACCAACAACCAGGCUCGUCUCAAUGCUUCCGCGCAGCAAACGCUCACCGAGGUCCUUGAUUCGCAACUUACGUCGUCGCAUCUUGUCACUCGCACACAAACGCCUCGCUCGUGCGCACCCCUGCAGUCCUCUAACAAAGGAGCGCAGCCCGACCCCAGCAUCUAUGACGAUGCUGAUUUCUACGGCCUAAUGCUCAAAGAGCUUCUCGAGCAGCGCUCUGCCGACCUCAAUGCGAACGGAACUGCUGAAUUUGUUGUACAAGCGCCGUGGCAGGUUGCUCGCGAAGCCAAGACUAAGAAAGUCGUCGACACCAAGGCGAGCAAGGGGCGGAAGCUUCGAUACACGGUGCAAGAGAAGAUACAGAAUUUCAUGGCUCCGGAAGAUCGGGGCCAAUGGGGCGAUAGACAGAGGGAUGAACUUUUCAGCAGUUUGUUCGGACAAAGGCUGGGACUCGGAGAACAUGAUGAGGUUGCGAGUGAAGACGAGGGUGGAGUUGAUGCCGAAGAGGCAGGCCUCAUGCUGUUCAGGAGCCAGGGCUGAUUCCGUCGCUUGAGGAUUAUAUACAGUCUUCAGCUGGUAGUAAAAUACACUUUUAUAUGUGGU